AUGGGCCCACUCGACGAGCUGAUAGCCCAUCUCGAGCCCGAGAUUGAGGAUCCUGGAGAAGAAACAUUCUUCCUCUACUCCCAGCCGCUGCCCUCCCUGGAUCUCGGCUUCAUCGACGCCCGCGCCUCCGUCAUCGACGUCUCCGUGGCCGGCCACGACUUCACCAUCCACCAGUCCCCCUCGGUCCUCUCGUCCAACCGCGCAGGCGGUACAACAGGAGCAGUCCUGUGGAAAAUCACUCCCACCUUCGCAUCUUGGCUCGCCUCGCCUUCCAACCCGCUCUUCACAUCCGGUGCCCUUGGGAACCCUUCUUCCGCCUCCGUUCUCGAGCUUGGCUGCGGCAUCUCACCGCUCUCCGCCCUCGGCCUAGCCCCGCGCGUGGCCCGCUACGUCCUCUCGGACCAGCCGUACGUCCAGCGGCUCCUCCAACGAAACCUCGACGAGAACUUGCCCUCGACGGCUUCGCCCUCCGGCCACGGCUCUAGCUCUCGCGCUCGUGGUAAGAAGCGCGGUGCUUCAGCGGCUCAUGGGUCUCAAGCCAAUGUUCACUUCGUUGCCCUCGACUGGGAAACUGAUGAGGUGACCCCCUCUCUGACCGCCUCUGACCAAGUCCGCAGCUUCGACGCCGUGGUUGCAUGUGACUGCGUGUACAACUACGCCUUGGUCACGCCCUUUGUCCAGACAUGCGUUGACGCAUGCCGUCUUCGUAUUAAAGACCCCAGCGAGGACCGUCCAUGCGUAUGCGUCAUCGGCCAGCAACUCCGUAACGACGAAGUCUUUGAGUUGUGGCUCGAGACGUUCCAGGCUUCGUUUCGCGUUUGGCGGGUUCCCGAUACCGCCCUGCCCGAGGAUCUCCGGUCAACGGCCGGUUUCGUCGUACAUGUGGGCGUCCUACGGGAUGCAACACAAUCGGCAUGA